GUGCGGUAAUAGUGUGUGGACAUCAUACUUAUUCAUAUUCAACUGUUGACUUCUUUCACACCACUGAUAGAAUGACUAUCAUACGGUUGCUCGUGAGUCUCUUACUUUUUGAUUCAGUUGAAGCUGGGAAGCUGUUGGUUUUUCCGUACGAUGGCAGUCACUGGCUUGGAAUGAAGCCUAUUGUGGAAGAGCUGGGGAGGAGAGGAAAUGAGGUGGUGGUGGUCAUCCCAGAUGCAAGUCUGAGUAUGGGUCCAUCAGAUCACACCACCACUCUUUCUUAUCCAGUGCCUUACACUAAAGCUGAGCUAGAAGAGAAUGUAGCAGGCAAAGUAGACACUCUUCUAAGUAUUGAUAUAUCUACAGACCUGGCCAGGUUUCAGACAUACUUCUUCACACUGGAUAUUCUACAAACAUUUACAGUGAAGAAUGCAGAGAGUCUGCUUUUCAACAAGGACCUGAUGAAGAAACUGAAAGACUACAACUUUGAUGCCAUUCUCACCGAUCCAUUUGAGCCUGUUGGAGUUAUUGUUGGUGAAUAUCUCUCCAUUCCAGCUAUUUACAUGCAAAUAAAUCAUCCAUGUGUGGUCGACACUCUUGCCGGUCAAUGCCCAAGUCCACCCUCCUAUGUUCCUCAAUUUUUUACUCAAUUUACUGACCACAUGAGUUUUUGGCAAAGAAGUGUGAACCUGGUAAGGACUCUGCUGCAACCCAUGGCUUGUGAUUAUUUAUUUGCUCAAGCAGAUGAGAUUGCCUCACGUUUACUUCAAAGAAAAUCAUCCAUUGUAGAAAUCAUGAGCCGUGCUGCUCUCUGGUUUCUGCGAUUCGACUUUGCCUUUGAAUUUUCACGGCCAGUGAUGCCCAACAUGAUCAUGAUUGGAGGGAUGGCAACCAAGAAAUUAAAACCUUUGUCACAAGAGCUGGAAGAGUUUGUGAAUGGUUCUGGAGAACAUGGUUUUGUUGUCUUCACUCUGGGCUCCAUGGUGUCACAGUUACCUGAAGCUAAAGCCAGAGUGUUCUUUGAGGCAUUUGGGCAGAUACCUCAGAGGGUGCUAUGGAGGUACACUGGACCAGUGCCUGAAAAUGCCCCAAAGAACGUCAAACUGAUGAAGUGGCUACCACAAAAUGAUCUUUUAGGCCAUCCUAAGGUUAAAGCUUUUAUUACACAUGGUGGAUCACAUGGAAUCUAUGAGGGCAUCUGUAACGGGGUGCCAAUGGUGAUGCUUCCACUGUUUGGAGACCAGGGUGAUAAUGUCCAACGCUUAGUGUCUCGAGGAGUUGCAGAAGGCCUGAGCAUCUUUGAUUUGACCUCAGAAAAACUGCUGGUGGCACUGAGGAAGGUCAUCAAUGACAAAAGCUACAAGGAGAAGAUGACAAAGCUUUCAGCUGUCCAUAGAGACCGUCCUAUUGAGCCACUGGACCUUGCUGUGUUUUGGACUGAGUUUGUUAUGAGGCACAAAGGGGCGGAUCAUCUCAGACCCGCUGCCCAUGAGCUGAACUGGAUACAGUACCAUAGUCUGGAUGUUAUCGGCUUUCUCGUUCUCAUUGUAGUGACUAUUAUCUUUGUGACUGUCAAAAGUUGCAAGUUCUGUUGUAGGAAGUGUUUUGGGAAGACUCAUAAAAAGAAGAAGGAGUAGAUACAUGAUGGGGUUAAAAGUGUGUGGAUUUAUUUUUCAGUGUUUUGUAUAAUUAAUACCUCUGUGUCUUGAAUAAAACCUCACAAAACC